CUCCAGAGCCAAUUUCCCAGGGACCAAUAUAAUAUCAUAUCAGUUCUCCCUCAUUUAUACACACCUGAUUAUGCACGUAUUAUAUUGCACAUACAUAUAUAUAUGUCCAUCCACAUAUAGGUAACCCGAUAAUACCCACAGGCACAGAAAAGGACAGGGUAGUAUUCCGCCUGAUGCAAAACGCGUCUGAAUCAGCCCACCUCGUCUCGGAAUCGACUAGGAUACCGGAUACUUGCAUACGGGCGUUGCUCCACCUUCCUCAGAUAAUACUAGAAUCGAAUCCCGAGAAAAAAAAAAGAAAAAAAAAAAAAAAAAAAAAAAAGAAAAAAAAAAAAAAAAAAGGCAAUCAUGUUAAUUGCUUACUUCCCGGGCUGCCCAGCCUAGCCCUAGCUUUUCCCUUUGCUUUUGGGACAGAACAUCUAGAGUCGGCGUCGAAACACACCGGGCUGCAGAUUAGCCUUCUAGUAAAACUACCGAGUCCGGCUUAUGCCGGGCUAGAACUAUUGGAAAUUUGUGGCGUUCAUGAUAGAGGAGUAGUCCGUUCUUGUCAUAACCUCAUCAGCUAAGACUUAAGCACUGUACCUAUGUCCACUGUUAUGAAACAGGUCGGGACAAAUAUGAGUUAUUCUGUAUCAGCGUGUUUGGCCUUGGUCCUGUUUUGAGUGGCUGGGAGGACUUGGAUUCCCAUGUGGAGAAC